AUGUCGAUAUGCCCAAGUAUCCAAAAUGGUUCAAAUUGGCAAAGUAUUAAUUUAAAAAGUUUUCAACGUGAUGUUGAUGGAAAUGUUUUGGAAAAUUUAAGUAAACAAUGUGGAAUAAAAUAUAUAAAUACAUCAUCAUGUCAUCAUAUUGAUGAUCAAGGAAUUAAAUUAAUAACAUCAAGUUGUUCUUAUUUGGAAUGUUGGGAUAUAUCAUGGUGUAUGAAUAUGAAUAUAACAGAGAAUGAUAUUCGAAUAUUAGCUGAAUCAUGUUCAAAAUUUACUAUAUUUAAAGCUGAAGGAUGUACACAUAUGACAAAUAAUGCAGCUAUUGAACUUGGAAAAAAUUGUUCAAAUUUAUUAGUUCUUGUUUUAAACCGAUGUUCUUCCUUAACGGAUGAUAGUCUUAUAGCUUUAGCUCAUUAUUCUCCUUUACUUGACACAUUAAUUGUUGCCAAUUGUACAGGUUUAACAGAUGAUACGUUAAUAACUCUUGAAAAAUAUUGUUAUCAACUUAACAAACUUCAUGGAAUUGUAUCUUCAGAAUUUAGUACAUUAAAUUUUUAUCAAUGGCUCAAAUCAGAAGAGUAUGCAUUAUAA